AAUUGAUAUCUCGUAGUGAACAUAUCCAUCGGUGGAUUUUCUCCUUCUAAACAAUAAAUGUUUAACCUGCUCUAAACACCCUAUUUGAAAAAGUUACCUGUAGUAAUAAUAAUAGCAAUAAUAAAAAAUAUUAAACGUACGAAAGCAAUCACGAUAAUAGAUAGAAACGUUACAGAAAUAAUACGUAGAUUAACAAGCUUUGACAUUUCAUAUUUUAUAAUGUUUCCGCUAAGUGAUUUCCUUCUAAUCUCCACUAUUUUAUCACAGUGGUAAAUGAAGAAACGAAUUCGAAUUUUUUCAUGGAAAUCUGAAUUUCUUUACGGCCGGCUGAUUUUCGCUAUAAUUUCUUACAUCCUGAUUCUCGUUUGAAUGUCAAAGAAGAGUAUCUCGUCGACUUGAAGGUCGGAGGAACGUGAAACGACGAAGCACCGAGUUGCGACAACGUCACGAGUGAAUGGCGCAUAAGUGUGCAUUGUAUGUUUGCCAGACAGUCGCAAAACUAAACGCGUGUGAAACGCGGCGAAUUUAAGCGGACCGGUUAAGAAGGCCAAAGUUCUACGGUGGUUGAAAGGGGAAGGCAACGUGAAAGUGUAACAAUCACCUACGUGUAAUGGUACACAACAGCUUUUGCAGUCGACAACGUUUGGGCAUGAAAAGACGAGUUAACUCGUGGCCAGUCAAAGAUGUGUUAAAUGGCUGUGAAUCUGAAUGCAACGAUCCCCAACAAGGAGGACAAUAAUUACGUUCCAUACGACCAGCGCCCGGAAACGUACAUAGUACCUGUGAUAUUCUUAUUAAUCUUGGUGGUGGGUGUAAUUGGAAACGGAAUCAUGGUGUUUACUUUGUUGAGCGACGCCAGCAUGAGAAAUGUGCCCAACAUUUACGUGCUUUCGUUGGCUUUGGGCGAUCUUUUGGUGAUCAUAACGAGUGUACCGUUCACGUCUCUUCUAUACACAAUCGAGUCAUGGCCGUGGGGCCUGGCAGUUUGCAAAUUAUCAGAGUGCGCCAAGGAUAUUUCGAUCGGUGUCUCAGUUUUCACUCUGACCGCGUUAUCAGCCGAGAGGUACUGCGCGAUCGUAAAUCCCAUUCGCCGCCAUGUAGCUGGAUUGAGUGCAAAACCAUUAACGAUACUAAUAGCCUGCCUUAUUUGGGUGCUGGCGAUUGUUCUGGCGAUGCCAGGUGCUGUUUUCUCUCACGUGCUGAUCGUAGAUAUAAAGACUAACUACAGCAUCCAGAUCUGUAGCCCUUUCCCCGUGGAAUUCGGGAAGAGCUAUAAGAAAGGGAUGGUGUUAUUCAAGUUCCUGGCCUACUACGCGAUACCGUUCCUCGUUAUAACAGGAUUCUAUCUGGGAAUGGCACGACACCUCGAACUGUCCACCAGGAACAUGCCCGGCGAAUUAUCCACCGGAUGUCAUCGGCUGGAGCAAAUUCGAGCACGCAAAAAGGUUGGAAAGAUGGUGAUCGCCUUUGUAGUUAUCUUCUUCAUCUGCUUCCUGCCGUACCACACGUUUAUGAUGUGGUUCCACUUUUGUCCAUCAUCCGAGCAAGACUACGAUGACUAUUGGCAUGCCUUCAGGAUCGUUGGUUUCUGUCUGAGCUUCAUCAACAGCUGUGUCAAUCCCAUCGCUCUAUAUUUUGUCAGCGGAACAUUUCGCAAGAGAUUCAACAGAUACCUUUGUUGUUGCCUGAAGAGGAGGAGGUUAAGCGUCUGUCGAACAGAAACGAACAGUUCAGACAGAAAUGGUAAUCGAAGAGCGAAAUUUUCACAAAGGAAACGAAUGGUUGGGCGAGACAACUACAACGAAACCAGCUUCGGCUCGAUAUUCCGUAGAAACACACAGGAACUGAACUCGACCGCUCUUUACGAGUUAACAAGUGACGGAACCACGAGACCGACUUGAAACUUUAGAUCGUAAUUCAUUUUUCAAAACGAUCUCGAGAUGUCAGCACGAUGAAGACUAACGUUAAACGUUGUUAAAAAUCGAGGACCAUUCGCAAAUAAGGUAGAUCUACGUUGAAUGUUUCAAUUAUGAUUAAUGAUCGAUUAUGAUUGAAUUACGAGAGACAAUGAAUACAUGAGUCGAAUUCUUCGUUGUAACUAUAAAUAUACGUAAAUCUGCACGUGCAAUCGCGAUAAUUUUUUAUUUGAUCGAUGAAGUGCAGCUUCAGCUUUCGAAAUUUAGCUUAAGGAUUUUCAACGUCGUUAAUUGACUUCGACGUAAAAUAAUAGUGUAAUAUAAUUGAUUACCGCAGUUCGGUAUCAGGAGGGGCCGGUUCUCGAAACAAAGCCAUUGAUACAAAGAACACUUUCGACCAAUUGCCUCGUUCAUGCCUCUGUACAUCGGUAUAGGUACGCGAGUACAUAACACGAAUAAUAGGACAUUCUCGAGACAAGCGGUAACUAAUAUUCCAAUCGCUUUGAACAAUUAUCUUGAUCGUUUGACUAAUUGUCGAUAACAAACCUGAGCUAUUUUUGAGCUUACCUUUAACGAUAUCGAUUGGCCGCUAAGUCAAUUUCCAGAUUAAAAAAAAUAGUCCUCCUUUAUCGAAUCUCAAUUAUCUCCUUCUCGAGCCGAUGGAAACGAAUUAAUUCAUUGCGGCCUGUCGAUAGCCUUAGCCAGUUGCAACUCUUUCCUCUUCCCAGCCACUCCCCAUCCUUUCCAAAUUCUAGUUCCCGCCAUUUCUCCGAUCCUUUCCUUAUUACGAUACUUACCGCGUUGCAUCGCGUCGAUCCUUCAAUGAAACCAUUCGACGGAUUGUAUCGCGGCAAACUGAACAACGCACGUAAGAGAAGAGAGGAAACCGACGUUAUUGAAUCGCGUGGUGAAAUUUAAUUAGAGAGGGCGUUAGAAGGGACUGUGUGCAUUAAUUGUGUUCUGUCUGACGACCUUGCCCCCUUCGCUUGUUAAUCGAGAAUUCCUAUUUGACGUGCACCCCUGUUAACAGGAUUUAGCAUCGCACGUCUAUUGGCCGUCGCGUUUCCGUACGUUAUAGACGUUCUCGUCGUUCGGAUAACGUCUGGACGUCUUCUCGAUACCCCUAUUAUAACUGUAAUUAGGCCACGCAACGACGGAAGCGUUGCCAAGUGAAUCGAUACAAGGUUAGAAUAUGUAAAUGCCCGGACAUAACCAACUGACUUGUACCAUACGACCCUAAUCUUUCUGUGUGGCGAGAAUAAAAAUUCAUAUCUACGGA